AUGCCCGGCAUCGCCCCCGAGGUCAUCAGCCAUAAACUCAGCAUUUCCCCCGUUUAUAAACCCGUUAGGCAGAAGCGCCGAUCGUACGAUGCCGAACGAUACGAGGCCAUGCGUACAGAGGUCGACAAACUUCAAACCAUCGGCUUCAUCCGGGAGGCAACGUAUCCCGUAUGGCUGGCAAAUUCCGUGAUGGUGAGAAAGGCCACAGGCGGGUGGCGAAUGUGCCAAGACUAUACCGAUCUCAACAAGGCCUGCCUGAAGGACAGCGUCCCGUUGCCACGGAUAGAUCAGCUUGUGGACGCCACUGCCGGUCACGAACUGCUGAGCUUCAUGGACGCCUAUUCCGACUACAAUCAGAUAUUCAUGCACCCUCCCGAUAGUGAACACACCGCAUUCAUAACGGACAAGGGGUUGUACUGUUACAAUGUCAUGCCGUUCGAGUUACCGAUUUUCUAUGUCAGUAAGGCGCUCCAGAGUACUGAACUUCGGUAUCCCCCAUUAGAGCAGCUUGCACUAGCCCUUGUUGUCUCGGCACGAAGACUUCGGCCAUACUUUCAGGCGCAUGGGAUCAAAGUCCUGACCAACCAACCGCUCCGGCAAGUGCUCCAGAAACCAGAAAUUUCUGGCCGAUUGAUCAAGUGGGCGAUCGAACUCGGAGAAUUCGACAUACAGUUCGUUCCGAGGCUCGCCGAAAGGGGCCAGGCUAUUGUUGAUUUUAUCUCCGUGCUUACCCCAUCAACAGCGAUGUCAACGCCCGAGGCGAUGACCGAGAUCGGAUUGCCGGAUGAGUUAGACGCCGAACGCUUUGACACCUCGACUCCCGUAUGGGGUCUACACGUCGAUGGUUCGGCAAACCAACAAGGAUGCGGAGCAGGCUUGGUACUGACAACACCGGACGGACUCAAGAUCGAGUACGCCCUCCGAUUCGACUUCCGAACCUCCAACAAUGAAGCGGAAUAUGAAGCUCUCUUGGCCGGCCUUCGGUUAGCCAAGAGCAUGAAUGCAAAACAAAUAAGAAUUCACAGCGACUCCCAGCUCAUCGUGAACCAGGUAACGGCAGACUUCGCCGCCAAGGAUGCCUCCAUGUACGCCUACCUUUCAACCGCCCAUCGGCUACUCCGAAGUUUCCAAGCAUACGAGAUCAAACAGAUCCCCAGAGGCGAAAACAGCCAUGCCGAUGCACUGGCGCGCCUGGCUUCGGCGAUAAACGACAAGGUCGGAAGAAAGGUACCGGUGGAGAUUCUUGCCCAACCGAGUACGGUAGCCUCCGAAACGUGUACCGUACGGUAUGAGGAUACAUGGAUGUCUCAUAUCUACUUGUACCUGACGAACGGCACCCUUCCUGAAGAUAAGGCCCAGGCCCGGAAGCUUAGAUACCGAUCAGCAAGGUACACUGUCAUCAACAAUGUGCUUUACAAGCGUGGCUACACCACCCCAUAUCUCAAAUGCCUUAGGGCAGAGCAGAGGGACUACGUCCUUCGGGAGAUCCAUAACGGUGUAUGUGGCGACCAUUCUGGAUCCCGGUCCCUCGCCUACAAAGUCUUUCGGCAGGGAUACUUUUGGCCGACCAUGCAUCAGGACGCUAAUUCACUAGUGAAGAGAUGCGACAAAUGCCAGCGCUUCGGUAACGUUCCGCAUAUCCCCGCCGAACCUCUGACACCGAUUGUGAGCCCUUGGCCUUUCGCACAAUGGGGACUAGACCUGAUCGGUCCGAUGCCGCAAGGCAAGGGGCAGGUAAAAUAUGCAGUGGUUGCCGUUGACUACUUCACCAAAUGGGUGGAAGCCGAACCUCUGGCAACCAUAACGGCAGCAAAGAUGGAGGAUUUCGUCUGGACUCACAUUUGUUGCCGAUUCGGUAUCCCAUAUGCAAUCAUUACCGAUAACGGCAGACAAUUCGAUUCGGAACUCUUCAGGCAAUUUUGCACCCGCCUGAAAAUCAACUUGUUUUUCGCAUCACCAGCCCAUCCCCAGUCGAACGGUCAGGUCGAAGCAAUAAACAAAAUAGUGAAGAAGUUACUGAAACGGCAGCUGGACAAGGCCAAGGGAGCCUGGCCGGAAAAGCUUCCCGAAGCACUAUGGGCCAUUCGAACGUCUUACCGAACGUCCACUAGUGAAAUCCCUUUUUCCCUGGCUUUCGGUUCGGAAGCUGUGGUGCCUGUGGAAAUUGGCGAACCUUCCUACCGAACGGAAAACUUCGCACCAAAGCCGAACGAAGCAGCCAUUUCUCUGAGCCUUGACCUACUCGAAGAGCACCGAGCACAUGCCAACCUUCAGAAUGAAGCCUACAAACAACGUGUCUCUCGGUAUUACGACUCUAGGAUCAGACACCGCUCAUUCCGAAUCGGAGACUGGGUCAUGCGCAAGGUAUCGCUAGCAACCAGUGAUGCCACGGAAGGAACCCUCGGACCUUCCUAG